AUGAUACAUGUCCACGUCGUCAUUCGUUUCGUUUCUGCGUAUUACCAUCGCCGUCAACAUCCAAAAAUUCCUCUCAAUCAGAUCCCCCAACUAGCAAUCAACCCCACAAUAACCACCACCCCCAUCCCCCACCUCCCAACUGCUAUUCCAGCAGCCACACCAGCCCCUGGAUCACCAACAGCAAACCCCGUCUGGCUGGGCGUUGUCGUAGCCACCCCCAGCCCAUUCGCCGUGCCGGCCCCAGCAGCCGUACACGUUGCCGCUGUUCCCGGACAUGCCUCCCUACUCAGAGAUGAACAGAUUUUUGUCGCACUCUCAAUCCCCACACUCACGCCCGUCCCUCCCGCAACCGUUAUCCCACCCCCUGGUCCCGCAACUGUGACACCAAAUCCUCCUCCCCCACCCCCAAGCCGCUGCGUGCACUGCUGAUAGUACCCUGCGCAUGACUCAUAUGCUGCCUCACACUGCGCCUUAUCACCAAAGUUUGUUCCCGAGGCGAAGAUGAUCGGAAAGGGAUAUAAUGUGUUUGGGACGUAGCCCGUUGCUGGGGCCGCAGUUUGCGUUUGUGUCGGGGCGGAGGUUAUAGGGCCUGUAUGCAAUGUGAUCGGAGAGGGCGCGAUGGGGAUUAUGCCGGUGCAGUAGGAGCCGAGGGGGCAGCAGGCGAUGUUGCCGGCGUUGUCGAGGGCGCACACGGAUGAGGCGGCGCAGCAGUUCGAGGCGGAGUUGGGAGCGGAGAGGCUGGCACAGGGUAUGUAUUCUGCGGGGCAGCUUUGGCGCUUUAUGAGGGAGUCAGAGGUGGUGGUGGAGAGGUAUGCGGCAGAGAAGGAGGAGGCGCGGAAGUGAGAGGCGCUCGUUGAAAGAGGGGCGAGGAGGAGUGCCGAGAGUGCGGGUAUUAGCGUUCGCAGACGCAUGGCGGCGCCGCCUAUGAAGUUGAUGUGUGUUUAUUUCGAUGUUUUUGUCAAAUUGUAUUUGAUUUACGUUCAUAGGGUUUCGGUCGGCUUGACUUGUAGCUGUGCGGGUACAACGCUGGUCCCUGAUUAGUACGUUCGCCUUUGUUUACACAAAUGGCGGGUAGAUAUGGUGUUUGGUGACUUGGUACUUCGCGAUAGUAACGCAAAACAAUCAGAGCAGAAUAACUUUAAUUGUAUUUUGAGGUGUGGAUUUCUUGCGGGCAAAGUUUUGUAGUAGGAGUUCUUGAG